GGUUUUUCUGAAGUGGAAGAUGGUUAUGUGAAACAAACUGAUAUGUUGACAACCAGUCAAUAAUCUAUGCAGCGGAAGUUCUAAUCGCAUACCGAAGUAAAAAGAAAGAUUUUAAGAAAAAGUGUUGUUUUGUAAACUUCUUUGAAUUCCUUAAUUCUCGCGUUACGCGGUCAAUUACAACCAACUUAAUUUGUGCCAAAAUAACAGCUGAAUAAGUUUUACAUGAGACUCAAAAUGGUGGACUAAAGAGACAUAUACUGCUGUAACAAGCUUUUUCAUUGGAUGAGGACAGACUCACAUGACAUUAUGUGAGGAUUUGAUUGAUUGAGAAGGCCGUGACCUGCAAGAGUAACCAUGACGACAGAAGAUCUUUUGCAGGCCGGUCAAGUAGUGAAAGACAGAUGGAAAGUGGUGCGCAAGGUGGGUGGGGGAGGUUUUGGCGAGAUCUAUGAGGGCCUGGAUACUGUAACCAAGGAACCUGUUGCUCUCAAGCUCGAGUCUGCCAAGCAGCCAAAGCAGGUGCUCAAGAUGGAGGUAGCUGUACUGAAGAAACUCCAAGGUCGUGACCACGUGUGUCGGUUCAUAGGGUGUGGUCGCAAUGAGCAUUACAACUACGUAGUGAUGACCCUGCAGGGGAAGAACCUGGCAGAGUUGAGACGCAGCCAGCCGAAGGGCUGUUUCACGCUUGGCACAACGCUGAGGCUUGGAGCACAGAUCCUGCGGGGAAUCGAGGCCAUCCAUGAUGUGGGCUUUCUGCACCGUGACAUCAAACCAUCCAAUUUUGCAAUGGGCAGACUGCAGAACCAGACUAAGAAGGUGUACAUGCUUGACUACGGACUGGCCCGCCAGUACACCACACCCACGGGAGAGGUUCGACCCCCGAGGACUGCGGCAGGAUUUAGGGGCACUGUCAGAUAUGCCUCGGUGAACGCACAUAAAAAUAAGGAGAUGGGUCGUCAUGAUGACCUAUGGUCCCUAUUCUACAUGCUGGUGGAGUUUUUAGCUGGACAGUUGCCAUGGAGAAAAAUCAAGGACAAGGAACAAGUUGGGAUCAUGAAAGAAAAAUACGAUCACGCCCUGCUAUUGAAAAACAUGCCGACUGAGUUUCGAGAGUUUUUAAACCACUUGAAUGGUCUGGACUAUUUUGAGAAGCCUGAUUACGCUCUUCUUCAGAACCUUUUUGAGCAGUGCAUGAGGCGUAAGAAUGUCCGGGAUAGCGACCCCUAUGACUGGGAGAAGGGUUACGCUGAUGGCUCCAUCACCACGACAACAACUACAUCACCGCCCCUGGGAAUGAAACAGUCACCAGGAAUAGGUUUGAAUCAGUAUCAUGGAGCCACUGAGGUCAUUGAUGAAAAUCUCAGUGAGAAUGAUGGUGAGGAAAACUUGAAGAAACUCAAAGAAGCUGAUCAGAUCAUUGAAGAGAAAUACAAGAACAUGGAUAACAAAUUGCGAGAAGAAAAAGAGGCUCACAUAGAACUAGUCCAUCAUGAUGGUGAAGAGAAGCAUUUAGCUGAGCUGAAAAUCAAAGAGAAAUAUGAGGAAAAGGAAACUGAAGUGAAAGUGGUUCACAGGGAGGAGAAAACAGUUGAAGUUUCUAAGGAAUUGGGUAAACUUGAUUCUCAGUUGAAAGGUAUUCUGAAAACAAGUGAAAGUAAGCAGAAUUUGAAAGACACAGAUAUUGGAAGUGUUGUGCAAGUAGUGACCAGUGAACCUGCUAAACCAGAGCCAAAGGUCGCUGUUAGUGAUAAACCUUGUGCCGAUAAACCUAAUGGUGCUAUAUCGAAGCCAACUCGAACAUUGCCACAGAUUGAGUUGGUAGAAAGUGCUAGUAACAAAGUCAGUGUGGAACCUAAGGUAGCAGCAAUCAGAGCUUCUGGUGUUACUGGUGGAAUAUUAGCUUCAGCUACUUCAAAUGAAAUUGCUCAGCCAAAAACACACAGUGUUAAACAGUUGGUAAGGAACUUUGAGAGAGUUGGAAAGGAGCACAUAUUAGAUCUUCCAAAAGCAAUUAGUGUGCCAGAAAAUAUGAGUGACCAAGAUCGCAAUGCUUCUUUAAGUGGCGUCCCUCGUCGGCAGUCUGAACCCUCGUGCAAUAUUGUAGAAAACUCUUACCCAGAGCAUUUAAUAAGUAGAGCCCAACUCACGUUUGCAAUCAUGCAGACGGACGAUAAAACUCAUACAAUGGCAGAUGACAAUGUCGAUGAGAAUGCCACUCGUGCCGCACCCUUUACUCAAGCUAGUCAAUGGCAAGGGGUGUCUGGGUUUGCCUCUAGUACAGACAAUAGUGAAAACGAUGAAGAGGCAGAUGAGAUGAUGAAUACAGAUGGAAAAGUUCAUAAAGGUUCAUCUAAGUCAAAGACUAAGAUAAAUCUCAUGCACACGCUUGCUGAUGAAGACGACUUGAAACUAGAUAGUUUAGCAAGAAAUUCCUUGUAUUUUGAUGAUAAGGAUGCAAGCAAAGCCAUGCGAAAUUCUUUGAUUUUCAUUGAUGAUGAUAUUGAAGACAGUCCGCAAGAGCAGUUAGGCUUAUUUAUUAAGGAAAAGGUUGAAGAAAAAAGUCAAGGCCUUGAGAGCAAAGAUGUGUCAUUUUCAUUCGUAGGUACCGAUAGAUCACGGACUAAUAAAGUAGAUCAUUCAAGCGCCAGUUACAGUGCAGCCCAUUAUAGUAUACCUCAUGCAUUUAGUGUACCAAACAACCUUUCAGAUAGACUAGGGGACCAUUUUAGUGAAAAGCGAGCAAAAGAUUUAGGCAAUAGAGUCAAUGUUCCAUCAAAGAUACCAUCUAGUCCUUCAAAGUCAUCAUUAAAAGAUAAAGAGAGUUUAUCAGACGUUAAAAAGUUAGCUGUGCUCAACAAUCUUAAAUUAACACAAUUUGGCAAAAUAUCUAGUUCAUUAAAAAAAGAGCGUAGCUCGGAUAGUUUAGAUAAGAUUCUGAAAGAAAAGAAAACAUCGGAUUCAAAUAGUCCUGGAGCCUCCCCAUCCAAAUCCAGACAUUUACUCAAGCCUAUUGACUUGCUUCUAAAGGAGAAGACAAAAUCUGAUGGUGAUAUCGCUGGUGCAGACAGGCGGUCUAGGAGUCGAAGUCGCGAUGGAAAAGAUCGAGGUAGAAGUUCAUCCAGGUCAGAGGACAAGUCACGUCGAAGGCAAUCAUUGACAACAAUUGAUGAACACAUACGUUCUAAAGCAUCUCCUGCAUUUUCUCCUUUAGAAGAAAAAUCCAUACAAAGUAAUGAGAAUAAUGGCAAUCAGGCAGUUUUAAGUCCUAAAGUGGAAGUGAAUGGUACACUAUCCAAUGACAGUGGCAUUCAUCAGAGCAGUAAAGAUACAAGCAAAGAGAAUAUUAUUUCAAAAGCUAAGGAUGAUAAAUCACCUGAAGAAAGAGAUAAACGGGAAAAACGGAGGAAACGCUCCAACUCUGCCCCAAGAACUGAUAACCACAAGAAUUCUGAGCCAGUAUUUGAUGCCCCUGUACCUCCACUAGAUUUAAACCAGAAAGUCCCAAAGCCCCCAGGAAUGGGAUCAGCGCCAAAGAAGAGCCUUGUCUACUCUGCAAGGUUGCAUCUGCCACAGUUGAAUGUGUUCUCCGGUGAAUUCCUUCGCAGUGCCAAACUGGAUGUUUUCCACUGCGACGAUAUCGACGACAUUGACAGUCCAACUAAGAAGCAAGAGGACAACUAUUCUGACGAGGAUCCCCUUUGAAAUACUCACAAAACACAUUGCCAGUCACUUGAUUGUAUCUCUGCCUGUUUGAUAUUGUUUCAUUACUGUUGACAGACAUUUUUUGACACUCUCAUGUUAGUUCAUGAUGCAAAAGUUGUAAUUCACAUUUGUAAUAGUUUGCCAUCAACAGAUUCAUUUAUAAAUGAAAAAACAUAGGGUCAAAAGUGUAUUUGAGAAGGUGACUUAGCAAAUAAAAUGUGCCUGAUUCUUUGAUAUUAACUAAAUGCUUAUUUUUUUUUGUAUUCUUACAAAUGAUACUGUUACAGUAAUACUUUCAGAACAGAUUUUCCUAGCAGAGGAACUUGUUUAUUUGAGUUACUCUCUGGGAAUAUUGGGCUUCAUGCGUUUGCUUAAAGUGUCCUUCUAGAUUAGGGACACACUUUCUGCCUUGAAUGGAUUUUUUUAAAGAGACUUUUCUUUAACAAAAAGUUUUAUAAAAGCGAAUAGUAUGGUCCCUGUUUACUUAUUGCACACUGAUGACAAUCAAUGCAUGAAGCCCGGUAUUUGCCAGAGCGUGGUUUAUUUUUCAUAAUCAAUUUCUAAAAUUAGUUAUGUAAAAAGCUCUGUGUCAGGUGAAUUUGUCUCAGCUGAAGGACACUUUCUGGUUAAUAUAUAGUAAUACUCUUGUUUAUUGUUAACUGUAUUGAGGUAUUCAAAAUAAAGAAUAGGUCAAAAUAAACCAAAACAUGGGGUAGUGAGCAAGUUCUGUCCUUUAUGCACUUAAAAUUAUUUGGGUCAUCUUUUGUGCCUGUGGAAAAUUAUAUAUGCAAAGUAAACUAAUGUGUAUUAAAGUAACUUUGUGUAAAUUAUGGCAUUAACAGAUAUUAAUUUAGAUUUAAGAGGUGUUACAAACAAACAUUACCUUAUUUUUUGUAAAAUGAAUGCAUUUUUAACCAGGUUUUCCGAAGGAAAAAACUGGUUAUUAGAUUGGCGAAUGCGGGCGGGCUGGCUGGCUGGCUGGCUGGCGGGCUGGCGGGCGGGCGGAACAAGCUUGUCCGGGCCAUAACUAUGUCGUUCAUUGUCAGAUUUUAAAAUCAUUUGGCACAUUUGUUCACCAUCAUUGGACGGUGUGUCGCGCGAAAUAAUUACGUCGAUAUCUCCAAGGUCAAGGUCACACUUUGAGUUCAAAGGUCAAAAAUGGCCAUAAAUGAGCUUUUCCUGGCCAUAACUAUGUCAUUCAAUGUGAGAUUUUAAAAUCAUUUGGCACAUUUGUUCAACAUCAUGGGACGGUGUGUCGCACGAAAGAAUCACGUCAAUAUCUCCAAUGUCAAGGUCGCCACAACUAAAAAUAGAUUUUUUUCAAAAACAAACUUACAAAGGGGGUUAAUUUUGUUUGUUCAUUUCAAAAGUUCAGUUUGAGUUUUCUCCCUUUAUCAGAUUUUUUUUUCACAAUGAAAACCUGGUUUUGUGACAAUUUUGUCCCUUGUUUAUUUAUAAUAUAUGGCUCCUUAUUGGAGCAAUAUCUCUUACCAGCGUUGGUGGUUGUGUAUUUGUUAUAUAUGAGCCGCGCUCUGUGAAAAAGGGGUUUAAUGCAUGAGCGUUAAGUGUCAUCCCAGAUAAGCCUGUGCAGUUUUUUUUAGAGAGAAGAUUGAGCAAAUAAUUAUGAAUACAUGGCAAAGGAUAUAUGUAGGAAAUUACUAAAAGCUACAAAUUCAAAAAAAGCUACAUAAAACCUUGCAUAAUUAUUCCAAAAUAUGUUCAAGUACCUCACUAUUAUAGUAUGAUGAUGGUCUUAUAUUAAAGAUGACAAAUACAUGAAAUGAACGUUAACAAUUGUUGGACCUAGCAAGAGUUUGUCCGAGGUACUCCUGCAUCAUAUUUACACUUUUAGUACUGAAUUUUAUUUGUAAUUGAUAGCUCAUGUGAUAUGUGCAAUGUUUUUGAAAUCAUUGAAUUUCAACACACAUACAUGUAAACAUUAUAGUUAAGUAAUACAUUUUGUAAAAGAGGGACCAAUUAGGGGCUGUUACCCUGUUAUGGUUCAAGGCUUUACUUUUGGUUUGUUAAAGAGUUUAUUGGUAUAUUAGCUGUAGAAAAAUAAUGAAUUAAAAUUACAUUAACUUUAUUGGCAGUGCUCUGAAAAAAGGGUUAACUGUGCGUAAAAUGUUGUCCCAGAUUAGCCUGUGCAGUCUGCAUUGGCUUAAUAGGGAACUGUUUCUGCCUAAACUUGAUUUUGGAUAAGAGACUUGCUUUAAAUAAAAAAUACCAUAAAAGUGGAAAGUGUCAUCCCUAAUUAGCUUGUGCAAACUGCAUAGGCUAAUCUAUGACGACACUUUACUCACAUACAUUAGACCCCCUCACUUUACUCACAUACAUUAGACCCCCUCACUUUACUCACAUACAUUAGACCCCCUCACUUUACUCACAUACAUUAGACCCCCUCACUUUACUCACAUACAUUAGACCCCCUCACUUUACUCACAUACAUUAGACCCCCUCACUUUACUCACAUACAUUAGACCCCCUCACUUUACUCACAUACAUUAGACCCCCUUUUCAUUUGUAUUUUUACAUGCACUCUCAUUUAGUACUUGCACUGUUCGAUACAGAUGAGAUUAUUGUUGACAAUGGGCCUGGUCAUGUGUGAGUUACUGAAUUUCAUUGGCAAGUAUUACACAUUACGCAUUACUAAAGAGACUGUGAUUCUUCUGCUGCCACUGUGUAUUGUAACACUAUGGUGAACUGUGCAAAUCUUUUGUAUGUCUUACAUUUGUCGUACAUACAUGUUCAUGCAACUUAUACCAGUCUUGUUAAGAAUGUAUUAAUCAAUGUAAAAUUUGUGUCAUGGCUUUUCAAUUAUUCAAUCAUUUGAUUAUUUAAAGAAAUUGCUAUUACAUUUCCAUAAGUUAUGUUUAUUUUGCAGUGUUUUAAUAUUCACCUUUCAUUUAAAAACAAAUGAAAGAAUUUUUAAGAGCCACAUACAUUUUCUUUGCAUUAUAAGAAAAAAAAAAUACAAAAAAAAAAAAAAAAAAAUAUAUAUAUAUCUAAGACCACAUGAGAAGCUGAUUGUGAAGGUAAGACACUGCAAAUUAAAAGUAAAAAUGAAAUAACAGUAUUCAUGUGUUUGAAUCAUUACUAAAUGUAAAUGGAGAAUGCAGUAAUGUUCUUUAAGUUAGUAAUUAUGGUUGUUUUCAUGUCACAGUCAUCAUUGUUCCAUUUUGUGCUUUUGACAACCUCUUUUUGAGGUAAAAGCCAGUGUUGAAUAGAUAGCAGUCAAAGACACAUUUAAACAUGUUUAUAGGGUGUCACAAAAUAAAUUUUCUUACAAAUUUUUCAAAUUUCAAAAUGUUCAGUUCCAGUGAUUGACAGCAAUAAGUUAACAUGUUAGCAUGCUAUUUUUAGGAUGUUUGAAUAAUUUAUUAUAUUAAAAUCGUUAAGUAUUUGAACAUUCAAGUACCGGUACCUGCAUUGAUCACUUAGAUAUUCCCAAAUAUUGUUUGAUCAAUAUUUGCGAAAAAAUUUAAGGAGGUAUCAACCUAUUUGGCCAGGAAACAUUACAGGGAAAAUGCUAAGGAUUAAACAAAUUGUACAACAAAAUAAAAUAUUAUAUGCAUAGUGUGACUGGUCAUGAUUUAUUCUGCCAAAAUUUUAAGCUUAGGGGCGUUGAAAUUACUUUAAAAAUUAUUUAAAUGUGUAGCACUCCUAAACAAAUAUCAUCAUAACAAAAACAAUGAUUUAAUCUGACAAAUUAAACCUUGUUUGAUUUUGAUUACCGGGUAUAUUAAAUGAGCCAGUCAUUUAGAAAAACUAGGCUUAGGGAUUUUCUGGUAAAGUAUCCCAGAUAAGCCUGUGCAGUCCACAGCUUGUGCAGUCAUAAUAGGUUAAUUAGGGACAACACUGUCCGCUUUAAUGGAAUGUUUGAAAGCAAGUAUUUUUUUAUCAAAAACUUAGUCUAGGCAGACUACGCAGGCUAAUCUGGGACGAUACUUUAUGCACAUGUUUUAAGCCCGGUUUUCCCAGUGCAUGCUCAAAUAUUAAAAUUCUUGUUCCUCAUGACAAGUAUUCUGCUCGAUAGUGCUGAGAUUGUUGUUGUCUUGUCAUCGUCUUGAUCAGUUAGCAAACACGAAUACAGCAGUGUUCAAUACUUCAUACAUCAGUUACAUUUUACACAUUAGUGUGCAGAAGAUACCAUAUCCAUUUGAUUUUACUUUUUAUUUUCAUGGGUAUCAAUAAAAGGUCAUCUAUAAACACUGAAAACAGUCAACUAUGUUCAAACACUGAACAAAAGCAGAGGCAUUCAUGAUCAUGUAUUAGUUAAGAAUGCUGUCAGUCUUAUCUAUAGAGAAAAUGACACCAUAAUAAUUGCAUCAUAGUAAAUAGCACUUAAUACUCAAUACACAUUCAUAUUUCUCAUACAUUUAUUGUCAAAUAAUAAUAAUAACAGAUUUCAUAUUAACAAUAUUGUGUUUGCAUCGUCAGCAUUUUCCCAGCGCAUAAAAUGUACAUACUAAGUUAUUAUCGUGGAGAACCAUUUUUCUAUUUAUUUUGCAUUAAGCAUAAUGUACCACAGCUGAUGUCUGAUCUCUUGUUGCUUUCUAUAUGUUUAUUUCUUGCUCAGCAUGUAGUCUUCAUAUCAUAAUCUAGUACAUUAUGCAUUGUAUGGGACAAGUUUUUACCAGUUCUUGCAUGUAACUGUAGCAUUGUUGAUUAUAUACCUGAUAUGAAACUCCAAGCAAACAAAAUGUACCCCCAUACCGAAGAUAUCAGAAAUUUUAUGAAUUUGUAAAGCUGUCUUUAGUGCUAUAUCGGUUCUAAAGAAAAUGUAUGUUGCAUACUUGCACUUGAUUCUUUUAAGUAGUUGGCCUUCAUUAUAUACAUCAUUCUCUUACACUGAUUCAGUUGAUUAUGUUAGGAUAUAUACAAUUACUUCAUUAUAUUACUUGUUUAUAAUACUUGUUACAUUUAUUUGUUAGAAUAUGCCAUUAUUCUUUCUUUUUUUAUUUGAGCCAUGUUUUAUUCUGAUAUUUUUUCUGAUCAUGUUUUGGUUGUUAGUUUAUGUUUUUUUUGGUUAACAUGUUGAACAGUCAGCUUAAUUGUGCUUUAGACUUUUACAAGUCAUGUUUUAUUAUGUAACAAUAAAACACUGAAAUUUA